CACAGUUGAUUAUUAAGCGGCUUUUCUUCCGGGUUCAAGAUUCACGUGCACAUCGAUUAAAUCACAGGGACCAGACUGUCAAUAACUCAUCUCUUAGUUCAUUUCAUCAAACGUAAAGGUGUUUAACUUCACGUUUGAGUCAUGUAUCAUCUGCCAGUGCUGAAGAACAGACGAACUCUACUCGAGCGAGCAGAUAAAUUCAUUUCUGAUAUAUAUUUCACAGACUGCAAUCUCAGAGGAAGGUUGUUUGGAGAGACUCAUCCACUUGAGUCCAUAUCUGUGUUUAAGUCCGAGAAACGCAUCCCAUACUCCGAGGCUAUUCAGCAAACCUAUGUACCCUGUAAAGUUGGUGACGCAUUCGGACCCACAUGGUGGACAUGCUGGUUCAGAGUGAGCCUGAAGAUCCCAGAUGAGUGGAGAGGGAAGGAGGUACACUUGAGAUGGGAAAGUGAUGGAGAGGGAAUGGUGUGGAGGGAUCAUCGAGCGGUCCAGGGUUUGACCAAUGAAGGUGAGAAGACGUGUUAUAUUCUGACUGAGAGUUUGACGGACACUGAACCUCAUAGCAUCACUCUCUAUGUUGAGCUGGCAUGUAAUGGACUGUUUGGAGCCGGACAAGGCUCCAUGAUAGCGGCCCCAGACCCAAACAGGAAGUUCACCCUGCAGAAGGCGGAGCUCGUCGUUUUGAAUCGGGACGUAAGGGAGCUUCUCACAGACUUUGAGAUGCUUGUGGAUAUUGUCAAGGUACUAGGGGAAGAAGAGCAGCGUGGAUACCAGGCCUUAUAUACGGUCAAUGAGAUGGUGAAUCGGUGCGACCCAGCCAAUCCUGAUUCAUUUCCCUCUGUCCGGAGCCUAUCAGAGAAGUUUUUCUCGCAGAAAAAUGGAGAAAGCCAACAUAUAAUUCAUGCCAUGGGUCACUGUCAUAUUGACACGGCAUGGCUGUGGCCAUAUGAAGAAACCAUCAGGAAAUGUGGUCGCAGCUGGGUGACUGUGAUCAGACUGAUGGAGAAGAACCCAGAAUUUGUCUUCACCUGCUCACAGGCACAGCAGUUUCAUUGGGUGAAAAGUUGGUACCCCGAUUUGUUCACAGAGAUGAAGAAGUUUAUAGAGAAAGGAAGAUUUAUCCCAGUUGGAGGCACAUGGGUGGAGAUGGAUGGAAAUUUGCCAUCUGGGGAAUCAAUGGUCAGACAGUUUCUCCAUGGCCAGAAUUUCUUCAAGGAAGAAUUUGGAGAAUACUGUAAAGAGUUUUGGUUACCAGACACGUUUGGUUACUCGGCACAGCUCCCUCAGAUCAUGAGAGGUUGCGGGAUAUCACGGUUUCUUACCCAAAAGCUGAGCUGGAACCUUGUUAACACAUUUCCGCACAGCACAUUCUUUUGGGAAGGCAUUGAUGGCACGCAAGUUCUUACUCACUUUCCUCCUGGUAACUCCUAUGGGAUGAAGGGUACCGUAGAGGAUCUGAUUAAUACAGUGAAGAACAACAAAGACAAGGGCCGAGCCAAUCACAGCGCAUUAUUGUUUGGAUUCGGGGAUGGAGGCGGCGGUCCCACACAGCUGAUGCUCGACCGCAUGCAACGCGUCCGGGAUACAGAUGGCCUUCCAAAGGUUCAGAUGUCCACUCCUAGUGUCCUGUUCUCUCAGCUAGAGUCGGACUCAGCACUUUUGUGUACCUGGGUUGGCGAGCUUUUCCUUGAACUACACAAUGGCACUUAUACCACACAAGCAAAGAUAAAAUUGGGAAAUCGCCAUUGUGAAGCUCUUCUCCAUGAUGUAGAGGUGGGGAGCUGUCUGGCCUUGUGUAGGAGUAAAAGCUUUACAUACCCAACAAGCAGUCUUCAAGAACUUUGGAGACUGCUUCUACUCAACCAGUUUCAUGAUGUGAUUCCUGGAAGCUGUAUUGAGUUGGUUGUUGAAGAUGCAUUAAAAUACUAUGAUGAGAUACGCACGACAGGGUCCGAACUUCUCCUGGCAGCCUGUGAAUCGCUAGUAUCCAGUCCUAUCAACACCACAAGGUCAAACAUUGCUGUGUUAAAUACUUUGCCCUGGGAGAGGACUGAAGUUAUAUCACUACCUGGGGAAGAACCCCAAACAAGAUUAGCCUUGGUGCGAGCUCCUAGUAUGGGUUUUUGUCCGGUCACAGAUACAGCAUUUCCUACCCCUUUUGUUUCUGUCACAACAAUGGACGAUGGGACCAUUCACAUGGAGAAUGACCUUUUGAAGGCUGUGAUCGACCAAGCGGGUCGUUUGAUAUCACUGCUUUUAGUGGAUACAAACAGGGAAGCCAUUUCAGAAGGUUGCUUUGGGAAUCAGUUUGCUUUGUUCGAUGAUGUCCCUCUGUACUGGGAUGCUUGGGAUGUGAUGGACUACCACCUUCAGACAAGGAAGCCUGUAAUUGAGGUCAUUGAACCCGCCAAAGUGGUGAGCUCAGGGCUUCGUGGGAGCGUCACCUUCUCGCUAAGAAUAAGUGAAAAGAGCACGAUUAAACAAGAGAUCGUUCUGGAUGCUUGCGACCCCUAUAUCAAAUUCAACACGCAGGUGGAAUGGGAAGAAGCACACAAGUUUUUGAAGGUGGAGUUUCCCGUGCAGGUGCACAGCCCUAAUGCUACCUAUGAGAUUCAGUUUGGACACCUGCAAAGGCCUACACAUAGAAACACGUCGUGGGAUUGGGCUCGCUUUGAGGUGUGGGGACACAAAUGGGCGGAUCUGUCUGAGCAUGGUUUUGGCGUCGCUCUUCUCAAUGACUGUAAAUACGGCCACUCCAUCAGUCAAAACAUCAUGACCUUAUCCUUGUUGCGGGCACCGAAAGCUCCGGAUGUCAACGCAGAUAUGGGGCAUCACAGUUUUACCUACGCAGUGAUGCCGCAUACAGGCACCUUUCAGGAUGCUUCGGUUAUACAAUUCGCCUACAACCUCAACUUCCCACUCCGCCCGUUUAAUGGCGUCAUUUCUGAACCCUGGAGCGCGUUCUCUGUAAGCUCGCCUGCUGUCAUCCUGGAGACCAUCAAGCAGGCGGAAGGAAAGACGAAUGCCCUUCUGGUACGCCUGUAUGAGUCUCACGGCAGCAGCGUGACUGCGACCCUGUCCACAUCCCUUUCAGUGAAAGAGGCCUGGCACUGUGAUCUCCUGGAGCGACCCGAUUUAAGUAUUCCUGUAUUAAAGCCAGAAUCUGGAAUAUCCUUAACUUUCAAACCCUUCCAGAUUAGAUCUCUUCUUUUAAUCCUACAGUGAAAUACAGUUUAAUCAUACAGUGAGAUACAGUUUAAUGAAGAUAAAAUAGAUAAAAUCUUACUUUAUUGCUAACUGUAAUGGUAAAGUUAAAAUAGUUCAAACUUUGAUGCAGGUACUUGUUUCCAAUCUUACAAUUUGUAUACAAAUCUGUGGGAAAUUUUGUUAUAAUCUUGAAAAUUAU